AUGGAAUUAUUAAGAAAGUUAGGACAAUAUCUUAAAAAUUUAAAUAUAUUUCAAUCUGUGCCACCUUCAACUGAUGAACAUAAUCUUCAAAAUGAACGAAUUUCAACAAGAUUAUUCAUUUUCUUAUUCGUCCUAGCAUUAGUUAUCUUACUCGUGUAUAAUUCAUUAAUUACUUCUAUCAAAACGGAUAAUUUUGAAACACCAACUUUCAAAGAAUAUGAAGAACUCUAUAAAUCAUAUUCAGCAACAAUCACAUGUCCAUGCAAAAACAUAUUAAUUGAUUAUAAAGAAAUUCUUCGUAUCGAUUAUACAAUACAUCAAGUGUGCAGUAGUGCAUUCGUCACGCAAGAUUGGAUUAGUUUUCUCAUUCAUUCCGAUAAUCGGACGAAACCCUUUAAUACAAAAUUUCGAAGCGAAGGUAGAACUACCUUUCAUGCAUUGAAUUCAUUUUGUACGUUGGUUAAUCAAACAAUUGAUGAUAACUUGGAACAGUUCUAUCUAAAUCAAUAUGUCAGUAUAAUUGUAACACCUGAGAAUUUAUUUGUAUCACAAAUAGAAACAUUUGUUAAUCAGUUUCGAUUAUCAAUAACAAGCAACUUUCAUAUUUCACUUAAUAUGAUAAGAAAUACAACCCAAAACAAUGGUUUAUACCCUGGAUCGACACAGACUUACUAUAUUCGAGUAGCAGCUGGUACUACACAGUCUACGCCGAUCUUAUUCAAAUAUUCCAACUGUUCGUGUGAUAUCUCAUCAAGAUGUAUCGAGACAUAUGGAAUGUAUAUUUAUGCUAGUUCUCCUAGUUCUCCGCCAGUAUGGACUGUACCCGACUUUUAUCGUGGAUGUUAUAUCACCGAAGCACUUCUUCAGUCUUCUCUUCAAUGUUUUUAUAAUCAAUCAUGUAUAAAUAAAACUCAAUCAUUCUUAUCUUCUUCAUCAAUGAAUAUAACAGCUCUUAAUUCAUCAUUAUCAAGUGAAUACUUUGUUAAUUCAACAAUCGAAGAACUUCUUAAGAAAUUAAUGAUUGAAAAUUGGAAUUUAUCAAAGAAAUAUGAAAACUAUUAUAAUGAAUGUGAACCAAUAGAGUGUAAUUAUAUUCAUGAAAUACGACAUAGUAUUGUUUAUAUACUAACAGCAUUGGUUAGUCUUGCUGGUGGUUUAACAACUGCUUUGAAGAUUGUAGUGCCGAUAUUAGUGAAGUUUGUGAGAAGAAAAAAACAACCGCAAACAUCAGCAAAUGGUGCUCAAGUCAAUGAACGAGUUACUCCUUUAAUUCAAAAAUUAAAAACUUAUUUUAAAAUGCUAAAUAUGUUUCAAUCUGUACCACCUUCAACUGAUGAACAUAAUCUUCAAAAUGAACGAAUUUCAACAAAACUAUUCAUUUUCUUAUUCGGCCUCGUAUUAGUAAUCCUACUCGUAUACAAUUCAUUAAUUACUUCUAUCAAAACGAGUAUUGUUAAAACACCAACUUUCAAAGAAUAUGAAGAACUCUAUAAACCAUAUUCAAUAACAAUCACAUGUCCAUGCAAAAACAUAUUAAUUGAUUAUAAAGAAAUUCUUCGUAUCGAUUAUACAAUACAUCAAGUCUGCAAUAGUAUAUUCGUCACUCAAGAUUGGAUUAAGUAUCUUACUCAUCCUUCUGAGCAUGAUCAGAGGAGAAUAAUAAAUGAGGACUUACGAAUGUCAGGUAGAAAUGCAUUUCGUGCAUUGAAUUCAUUUUGUCAAUUGAUCAGUCAAACACUUGAUGACAAUUUGAAACAGUUCUAUUUAAAUCAAUAUGUUAGUACAACUGUCACACCUAAGAAUUUAUUUGUAUCACAAAUAGAUAUAUUUGUUAAUCAGUUCAGAUCAUUAAUAACAAGCAACUUUCAUAUUUCACUUAAUAUGAUAAGAAAUACAACCCAAAACAAUGGUUUAUACUCUGCACUAGCAACAAACUACAAUCUUUAUGCUGUAUCCAUAAAUGGAAAUUUACUUCCACCUUCGAUAGACUACGGUGACUGUUCAUGUGACAAUACAUCAAGAUGUGUCAUCGAAUAUGGAAUUUAUAAUUAUACUACUAAAACACCAUUGUUAUCUGUACCCAACUUCUAUCGUGGAUGUUAUAUCACCGAAGCACUUCUUCAGUCUUCUCUUCAAUGUUUUUAUGAUCAAUCAUGUAUAAAUCAAAUUCAAUUAUUCUUACCAUCUCCAUCAAAGAAUAUAACAGCUCUUAAUCCAUUAUUAUCAAGUGAAUACUUUGUUAAUUCAACAAUCGAAGAACUUCUUAAGAAAUUAAUGAUUGAAAAUUGGAAUUUAUCAAAGAAAUAUGAAAACUAUUAUAAUGAAUGUGAACCAGUAGAGUGUAAUUAUAUUCAUGAACCAAGACACGGCAUAGUUUAUAUAAUAACAGCAUUGGUUGGUCUUGUUGGUGGUUUAAUAACUGCUUUGAAGAUUGUAGUGCCGAUAUUAGUGAAGUUUGUGAGAAGAAAAAAACAAUUGCAAACAUCAACUAAUGAAUUAAGUAUCAAACAACGAAUUUUGGCAUUAUGGCAUAAAAUACCUCAUUUCAUUCGAACUUUCAAUCUUUUCUCAUCAAUACCGCCAUCAGUCGAUGAACAUGAUCUACGAAAUCAACGAAUUUCAACAAGAUUAUUUAUUUUCUUAUUCGUCCUAGCAUUAUUAAUCCUACUCGUGUACAAUUCAUUAAUUACUUCUAUCAAAACGGAUGAUUUUAAAACACCGACUUUCGAAAAAUAUGAAGAACUCUAUAAACCAUAUUCAGCAACAAUCACAUGUCCAUGCAAAAACAUAUUAAUUGAUUAUAAAGAAAUUCUUCAUAUCGAUUAUACAUUACAUCAAGUCUGCAAUAGUAUAUUCGUCACUCAAUAUUGGAUUAAUUAUCUCGCUCAUUCUUAUAAGGAUGAUCAAAGAAUACAUCACUACGACUUUCGAUUGAUAGGUAAAUUUGCUUUUCAAGCAUUGGAUGAAUUUUGUAAGUUGGUUAAUCAAACACUUGAUGAGAGUUUAAAACAGUUCUAUUUAAAUCAAUAUGUUAGUACAACUGUCAUACAUGAGAACUUAUUUAAAUCACAAGUGGAAAUAUUUGUUAAUCAGUUCAGAUCAUCAAUAACAAGCAAAUUUCAUAUUUCACUUGAUAUGAUAAGAAAUACAAUCCGAAUGAAUGGUCUAUACUCCGCAUUAUCAAGAAAUUACUAUUUCCGUCGUACAGAACACAGUGGUGACUCGAUAUCUUUAACAUCCUAUGUCUACUCCAAUUGUUCAUGUGAUUUUCCUGCGACAUGUACCUGGGAAUAUGGAAUUUAUAACUAUCCUUCUACAAUACCAGUAUUGUCUGUGCCCAACUUCUAUCGUGGAUGUUAUAUCAUCGAAGCACUUCUUCAGUCUUCUCUUCAAUGUUUUUUUAAUCAAUCAUGUAUAAAUACAACUCAAUCAUUCUUACCGUCUUCAUCAAUGAACAUAACAGCUCUUAAUCCAUUAUUAUCAAGUAAAUAUUCUGUUAAUUCAACAAUCGAAGAACUUCUUAAGAAAUUAAUGAUUGAAAAUUGGAAUUUUUCUACGAAAUAUAAAAACUAUUACAAUGAAUGUGAACCAAUAGAAUGUAGUUAUAUCUAUGAAACAAGACAUGGUGUAGUUUAUAUACUAACAGCAUUGUUUGGUCUCGCUGGUGGUUUAACAACUGCUUUGAAGAUUAUAGUGCCAAGAUUAGUCAAAUUUAGUUUAUAUAUUCUGAAAAAAUGCAGCAGAAGAAUUGAUCCACAAAUAGAAACUGAUCAGACUUAA